AUGUGUGCUUCGGUCUCAGGUGCCCUGUCAGAUUGGGUUUGGAAGAAAAUGAGAGGGGUGGAGAACCCUGUCACCCAUCUUCUGUCCUCCCCUACAGCGGGUGCAGACGUUUCCAUGGAGACCUGCUGUGCAGAUGGACAUCGAACGGCUACUCAGAAAAGGGACUGCUCACUGCCCUACACCUCGGAGUCCAAGGAAUGCAGGAUGGUCCAUGAACAGUGUUGUCACAGCCAGCUGGAAGAGCUGCACUGCGCCACAGGCAUCAACCUGGCUAACGAGCAGGGCAGCUGCGACGUGACGUCUGGGACCAGCUCUGAGGUCAUGUUCGUGAAGAGAUGUUGCUACUGCUGUCUCCUGGGGAAGGCAGCCCAGGCCCAGGGCCAGAGCUGCGAGUACAGCCUCAUGGCUGGCUACCAGUGUGGACUAGUCUUCCGGGCAUGCUGCGUGAAGGGCCAGGAGGCUGCAGAACUCCCACCUGGGGACGUCAUGGACCUCCGAGAGACAGCUAAGAUUCCUGAGGGUGAGGAGGAACAAGAAGACCCAUACCGUAAUGACCGCUGCAGAGGCGGUGGACCAUGCAAACAGCAGUGCCAUGACACAGGAAACGAGGUCGUCUGCUCUUGUUUUGUGGGCUACCAGCUGCUGUCCGAUGGCGUCUCCUGUGAAGACGUCAACGAGUGCAUCACUGGCACCCACAGCUGCCGCCUGGGUGAGUCCUGUGUCAAUACCGUGGGCUCUUUCCGCUGUCAGCGGGACAGCAGUUGCGGAACAGGCUAUGAGCUCACAGAGGACAAUGACUGCAAAGAUAUUGACGAAUGUGAGAGUGGUAUUCAUAACUGCCUCCCCGAUUUUAUCUGUCAGAAUACUCUGGGAUCCUUCCGCUGCAGACCCAAGCUACAGUGCAAGAGUGGCUUUAUACAAGAUGCUCUAGGCAACUGUAUUGAUAUCAAUGAGUGUUUGAGUAUCAGUGCCCCGUGCCCUGCUGGGCAGACGUGCAUCAAUACAGAAGGCUCCUACACGUGCCAAAAGAAUGUGCCCAACUGUGGCCGCGGCUACCAUCUCAACGAGGAGGGCACCAGAUGUGUUGAUGUGGACGAGUGCUCCCUGCCCUCAGAGCCCUGUGGGCCAGGCCAUCUCUGUAUAAACUCUCCUGGAAGUUUCCGCUGUGAAUGCAAUGCUGGUUACUAUUUCGAUGGCAUCAGCAGGACAUGUGUGGACAUUAAUGAGUGCCGGCGCUACCCUGGCCGGCUGUGCGGUCACAAGUGCGAGAACACGCCUGGCUCCUACCACUGCAGCUGCACCGUGGGCUUCCGCCUGUCGGCAGAUGGCCGCUCCUGCGAAGACGUGAAUGAGUGUACCAGCAACCCGUGUGGUCAGGAGUGUGCCAAUGUCUACGGUUCCUACCAGUGUUACUGCCGGCGAGGCUACCAACUCAGCGACGUGGACGGUGUCACCUGUGAAGACAUCGAUGAGUGCGCUCUGCCCACCGGAGGCCACAUCUGCUCCUACCGCUGCAUCAACAUCCCUGGAAGUUUCCAGUGCAGCUGCCCCUCCACAGGCUACAGGCUGGCCCCCAACGGCCGAAACUGCCAAGACAUUGACGAGUGUGUAACCGGAAUUCACAACUGCUCUAUCAAUGAAACCUGCUUCAACAUCCAGGGCGGAUUCCGCUGCCUGUCCUUCAGCUGUCCGGAGCACUACCGCCGCUCUGCAGACACGCUCCGCCAAGAGAAGACAGACACAGUCCGCUGCGUGAAGUCCUGCCGUCCAAACGAUGUCACCUGCAUGCUGGACCCAGUGCAUACCAUCUCUCACACUGUCAUCUCGCUGCCCACCUUCCGUGAGUUCAGCCGUCCUGAAGAGAUAGUCUUCCUCCGAGCGAUCACACCCGCGUACCCCGCCAACCAGGCUGACAUCAUCUUCGACAUCACUGAGGGCAACCUGCGGGACUCCUUUGAUAUCAUCAAGCGUUACAUGGACGGCAUGACCGUGGGUGUAGUCCGCCAGGUGAGGCCCAUCGUGGGCCCAUUUCACGCUGUCCUGAAGCUGGAGAUGAACUACGUGGUCGGGGGUGUGGUCUCCCACCGAAAUGUCGUCAACGUCCACAUCUUCGUCUCUGAGUACUGGUUCUGA